CACUGUUUCCACUGUUUCCACUGUCCACUGUUUCCACUUCCUUCAAAACUUCCUUCAAACUUCCUUGCAUCUGCUGCUACACGUCGUAUACUAUACCUAUAGUAUCUGCACUCCCUUACACCUUGUCGCAGUGUGUGCCACUCACUAUCCGAUCCGAGUGCUACCUUACCUAUACGCAGGUCCGCCCGGUAGAGACAAAAAGACGAGGCGCCAGUUUAAGAGUGCUCUGAAAGUGGAGGUCCCCCAUCCCAAAUAAUUCUGGGUCAACAAAAGAGCCUCAUCGAUCAGAAAUCGCAACUGUACGCCAGGAAGCAAGGACGACUUGAAAAAGCUUCAAAAUCUCCCAUUAUCGUCGCUCCUUCCCUCCUGUCAACGAGUCAUCCAAUGCCCUGUGCGCGAAAUCUUGCUGAUUCAAAAGCACACACCAUCCGUCGCAUCCACACCACACGGACCUUUCCAACGAACGAAGCUCCCCCCGCAUUAGCUCUGGCCGCUGAGUAAACACCACCACUCCUUUUAACGACCCCUCUGCACAGCAGAUCUAUAUAACGCGGGCGACUGCUCACGUUUUGUCUCGGACCCCGAACACAGAAGAAGAACUUUCUCUCUCUCUGCGCCUCGUGCUGAUCCGUAUCGACCUGCAGAGAACGGAGUCGGGUCGAACGGCAGUACAGGGUACGUCCAGCAUUAUUGUUGGGCUCCGUUGUGCAGAUCACGCAAACCCACUGCUCCCACCAGACAGACGACGUAGAUGCAAAGAGGAUCAACUAGUACAACGCGCCGUGCACGAUAAGCUUUAUAUAAACACAGGGCGGGGGAUAGCGCCUUCCCUUACAGACCCCGACACCCACGAGAUUUCCUCGAGUUCUUCUCGGCCGUUGCUCGUGUCGCAACUCCCCCCUAUAUCCCACGAACCCGACCACCACCAUGAAAGUAUCGCACUACCCGCAUGACGACCCUACCGGACACGGCGCACAAUAUAACAUGUCUCCUCCCCUCGGAAACCCCAACUACCGCCCUGAUGCACCGCAAUAUCAGGCGCACCAGGACCAGCCCCACAUACAGCACGCCCCCAACGACCAGCAGCAGUACGGCUACGGCUCGAAUCCACAGGGCCAUCGCGCCAGCCAGAGCUCGGAAGGGCAGGGAGGCCAAGGAGAGAUGUUAGGCCGGGUCCCGACGCGGGGCCCCAAUCCGUUGAUGCCACUCGAUUCGCCGUCAAAUCACAAUGGAGCGGAUGGCACCCCAAUCCUACCGGCUGUGCAGCAGCAGGCCGGAGAUCAUCCACCGAGCUUUAGUAUGAUUGAGCUGGGCAGGAGAUAUACACUUGAGGUUAUGCAGCAGCCCAAACGAGCGCGUAUGUGUGGCUUUGGAGACAAGGAUCGCCGGCCCAUUACCCCGCCACCUUGCAUAAGAGUUGUCAUAACGGAUGUGGCUACUGGGAAUGAAAUCGAUACCAACGACAUUGAUCACGGUUCUUUCGUACUGACUGUUGAUCUGUGGUCUGCCGAUGGGAAGCACGAAGUCAAUCUCGUCCGACACUCGUCUGCGUCCCCGGCUAUCUCCUCAACUAUCCCCACCUCGUACGCUCAGGCACAGGCGGGGGACCACCCGGUCUACUCGAACCCAAUGCCAACGCCCACUGGCCCGCCUGGUAUAGUCCGCGAUCCUCAGUACCCGUACCAUAGCAACCAACCGCUACUUCAAGGGCAGUACAACCCUUAUCCUGGCCAGCCUCAGGUAAAUGCAUAUGGCCAAACCCAGCAGCAAUUCCAACAGGGGCCGCCACAAGGACAGUAUGGCCAGCCCCAGCAACAGGGCCAGUAUGGUCAUGGGCAAGAGCGCCAAAAUUACCACGCUGGAUCAGGGCCAGAGCCUCCAAACCAUCACAUAUUCUACCAUACGGGUGAUGCUGUCCAUCCGGUUGCCUCCAACGCGCCGAGACCAUCGGACAAUCUGAUGUACGACCCAACCGCUCCUCCACGCCAAGCUGUCGCCAGCGCGCCACAGGGCAUGUUCACCCGCAACUUAAUUGGAAGCCUGGCGGCCAGCGCUUCCAAGCUCGCAGAUCCCCACGACAAGAUUGGCAUCUGGUUUGUGCUACAGGACAUGAGCAUCAGAACCGAGGGAAACUUCCGUCUCCGUUUCUCUUUCACCAACGUCGGCGGCCCAUCCAAGACCCCCAACGGCAACCCGGCGAACCAGAUGUCUGUCCUCAACACUGGCAAGGCACCCGUCCUUGCAUUGUGCUACAGCGAUGUGUUUACUGUUUACUCCGCCAAGAAGUUUCCGGGCGUGGUGGAGAGCACGCCGCUCAGUAAGUGUUUCGCGACACAGGGCGUUAAGAUCCCAAUCCGCAAGGAUGGUGGUGGAAAGGCGGGACAAGGGAGAGAGGACUAUGAUGAGGAUUAGGGGCAUAAAAGAGAUGCGGGAUUGGGGGGUUUAUUGAGAGUUCUGUGGAGAAGACGGUGGGCAGGGACAGUUUUUUAUUCGGCGCUCGGUGGGGUCGGCACCUUUGCUAUUUUCGUAAGGCGGUGGCUAUGUUGCAACCAAAACUGGAUAGAACGAUGUCCGCGGGGGAGGUUAAGUCUAGCAUUUUUACAUGCGAGGAAGCUCACGAAUGAAUGAAUAUUGAUGGUUGUGUCAGUACUUUGCUCUUAUUUUGGGGUGGUUUGGUGAGUGUGGUAUUUUGAUGAUUUGAGUUAAAUAAAAAUAAUCAGGGUUAGAAAUUCAAUUAUAAUCAUGAUUAUUUACAAAGCCCAUAACUUAACUUAGUUAGAG